CAGGGAUAGAAAAUGACCCUUUUCCCCAAAUCAUCUGUCUCUCUAUUACCUGUCUCCCCCACACGAUCAUCCAUCCUUUAUAAUUCAGUUUCUUUCUAAAGAUCAACUGCAAAAAGACAGAGAGAGAGAGGCAUACCAAAUCCUUCCUCCUGACUUGUGCAGCAUCUUUUUUGGUUUUGGUGGCGUUUGAGACAUCAUAUAAUAAUGUCUAGCGUAGAUGAUUUGAAAGGAAACGUCACUAGUGAGGCAGAGAAGUCGAUGCCAUCAUCACAUCAGGAGGAGGCUGCUGUAAAGAACAAGUAUGGAGGGCUCAUGCCAAAGAAACCACCUCUCAUUUCCAAGGAUCAUGAGCGAGCAUACUUUGACUCAGCUGAUUGGGCUCUUGGAAAGGUAUCGACUGUUGUUUUGAUUCGGGUUUUCAAAUAUAGAGAGUCCCAUUCUCAUGUUGUCAUUGUAAACAGCAAGGUGUUGCUAAGCCAAAGGGACCCCUCGAAGCUCUUCGUCCCAAGUUACAGCCAACACAGCAGCAGACGCGGUACAGGAAGUCUCCAUGUGCUCCAUCCGAUGGCGGUGAAGAUGGAGGAGGAGCUGCUCAGGCCGAGGGAGUUUCCGGCAACGAGGAGUAGAGACAGAAGAGAGAAAAUGGAAACUCUUGUGUAAUAACUUUGUUAUAAUCAUAUCUUUUUGUCUGUCCAUUUGAAAACUAACAAGAUGGUUUUCAUUAACAUCUUCAACUUGAUCGCAUAGCGUCUCCAAGUUCAAGACAUUAUCAUACUCUAAUCAUUUGCCUAAAGAGAGUUGAAUUAGGUAUCA